CAGCAGGUUGGGAUGUCGGUCUCUAUCCUUUCCUGUCACAUGGCUGGUAAUAGGAUCCCUCAUCUGCCACUCGGCACCUCGCCGGGGCGCACUUACAGGACACAUGCUGUAGGGCCUCCGCUUCCCGCACUUUGCGCUCUUCCCGGCCGCCUGCCACCCCCGGAGAGCCGGGGCUGCCGCCUGCGAGCGCGGCGCGGCCCGGCGGCCGCUGCCUAUGGAGCCUCCCGCCCUCGCCGCCGUCCUGGCCUUCUCCGGGCUGGCGCUGAGCUGCUGCCGAGAGCCCGUCCUGUCCGAAUGCUACACAGCCAACGGGGCUGACUACCGUGGCACUCAGAACCAGACCUCCCAGUAUGCAGGGAAGCCUUGUCUUUAUUGGAAUGAGACCUUUGAGCAUCCUUACAAUACUGUGAAAUAUCCCAAUGGGGAGGGAGGGCUUGGAGAGCACAACUACUGCAGAAACCCUGAUGGGGAUGUCAGCCCAUGGUGCUAUAUUGCAGAACAUGAAGAUGGAAUAUACUGGAAAUACUGUGAGAUCCCAUCCUGCCGAAUGCCAGGGAAUCUGGGCUGUUACAAGGACCAUGGGGAGCCACCACCCCUGACUGGCACCAGCGAGACCUCCAACAAGCUCACCAUCCAGACGUGCAUCAGCUCCUGCCGCAGCCAGCAGUUCAAGUUUGCAGGCAUGGAAUCAGGUUAUGCUUGCUUCUGUGGAAAUAAUCCUGACUACUGGAGAUACGGGGAGGCAGCCAGCACGGAAUGCAACAGUGUUUGCUUUGGAGACCACACUCAGCCCUGCGGUGGGGAUGGCAGAGUCAUUCUCUUUGACACCCUUAUUGGUGCCUGUGGAGGGAAUUACACUUCUGCUACAGCUGUGAUCUAUUCCCCAGAUUUCCCUGACACAUAUGGCACAGGCAAAGUCUGUUAUUGGACCAUACAAGUUCCAGGAGCAUCCCAAAUCCACUUCACCUUUGUCCUUUUUGAAAUCAAAGAUGCUACAGAUAUGGUGGAAUUGCUGGAUGGUUACACCUACCACGUUCUGGCUCGUUUCAAUGGCAAGAACAAGCCUCCCCACACCUUUAACAUCUCUUUGGAUUUUGUCAUUCUGUACUUUUUCUCAGAUGACAUCAAUCAAGCCCAGGGAUUUGCUAUCAGGUAUAGAGCUGUGAAGGACAAUGUGCACCAAAACAAGAUCCCAGUGAAUCACACCCUUCCAGAGAGGACAAAUGAACAAGCAAAUCUCAGCAUCAAUGCAGCCCGGUCAUCAAAGAUACUCUAUGUCAUCACAACCAGCCCAAGCCAUCCAACCAGCUCCAUGCCUGAAUGGACAAUAUACAGCCUCACAGCACUGCUCAUCCUAAGUGCUACAGCCAUAAUAGCAAAGAUACUUCUGCAUGUUACCAUGAGGUCCCACCAGAUUCCAGCUGCAGCUGAAACAGAGGAUUGCAGUGAUGUCACUACUGCUGGUGAGAUCUGGAGUAUAUUUUACCAACCAUCCACAUCAAUUUCCAUCUUCAAGAAAAAGCUUCGAAAUCAGCAAGAUGAUUGCAACCCACUGGUGGGAGACUGA